GUUUGAAAACUCUAUUCAAGACAAAGGAAAACGUAAAUAAAAAAAGACAAAAAUCAUGGAGUGCAAGUUUAUGCGCGUACAGAGCAUUUGUUCACCGAGCACACUUGUCCAUUGCCAAAACCCAGUUGUCUUCCCAUCCUUUAGAGAGAGAGAAUCCUUUAGAGAGAGAUUGAGUGAGUGAAGCCGAAUCAAAACAAACCCAUGUUCUCUCUCCUAUUUUCUCGAAAGUUCUAGUCAGAGGGAAGUGCAGAGAGUGAAGAGAGAGAAAGUGUUGAGAACCGAUGCUGUGGUGGAAAUGGGGAAGGCCGACAAUCAGCGACUGCCUGUUGUGCAGCCGUCUAACAGCGGCAGCGCCUCUGCUACCUUCUUCCCCUGCCGGAGAUGUGCGAUGGGUUGUUUCAGGCUGUCCAGCGUCAAAUGCGGCGUCGUUUUAGCACUCAGUUUGGCAGCUUUUCUUUCCGCUUUUUUCUGGCUCCUCCCUAUUCGGUACAGACAAGCUGGGUUCGAUGCUAAAGACUCCAUCAAGCUCAGCGCCACAGUUCAGUCAUACUUCAAGCUCCAGAAACCAGUUCACGAGCUUGUGCCGUAUGUUGCAAGACUAGAAUAUGAUAUAAAUGACGAGAUAGGUGUCCCAUCAUCGAAGGUUGCUGUGUUGUCCAUGCACCAGGCGGAAUUACCUAACCAGACAUAUGUGGUGUUUGGCUUCCUUCCCGACCCAAUCAACAGCACAAUGAAUAUAGUGGCCUUGACUUUGUUGAAAUCAUCCUUAAUUGAUCUGUUUCUCGAACAAUACAAUUUGACGUUGACCUCUUCGAUUUUCGGAGAACCUUCAUCAUUUGAGAUAUUGAAAUUCCCUGGGGGGUUCACUAUAAUACCGGAGCAAGUUAAUUUGAUAACUCAGCCCCUCAUGAAUUUCACUCUCAACAGCUCCAUUUACGAUAUAAAAGAAAAUCUCAAGGAGUUGAAAGAUCAACUACGAUUUGGAUUGCAUUUGAUGCCUAAUGAGGUGGUGUACAUACAAGUAACAAGCAGACAUGGGUCGACAAAAGACUCCCCAGUUACAGUCGAAGCUUCAGUUGCAUCUGAUAAGGGAACAAUACUUCCUGAAAGACUAAUACAGCUGGCUCAGAUAAUCACUGGCUCCCCACCUACUGAAAAUCUCGGCCUCGAUCAUUCUAUUUUCGGAAAAGUCAAAGAAAUCAGUCUCUCAUCAUUCCUAAAUCAUUCGCUUUAUGCACCAACACCUGCCCCAAUACCUACACCAACCCCUUCUCCAGAUUAUCCUGCAUUUGCACCACAAAUUCCUCCUUCAUUACCACCUUCUUCUAAUUGUCAUUCACCUUCUCCGAUUUCUUAUCCGGAGCAAAUUUCUCCUAAUUUGUCACCUCAACCUGUUUUAAGGCCUCAAAGUUCGCCAGGUCAUCCACUUUCAGGUGCUCCGUACAGCUCGCAAGCUCCUGUGCAUGUCUCAUCGUCUUUUCUGAAUACCUGUCCAUGUAAAUUUCGUACUAGGCACUUGGAGGAUACAACGGCUGUACCUAAACGGACUUUUGACUUUUGUUCUAUUAUACUGGAUAUCCUAAACAAUGCUUGAUAUUCAAAAGCCCGAAAAAAAUAAUUUAGGAGGCGUGUUUAGUUAUCUGCUUACGGUUUUUGGUUGGUGGAGAGUGGUUAGAAGCUGGAGAAGCUUUCAAAGGAGUAGAAAAGGAGUUUGGAGGUCAAAGCCGAAAGAAGGCAGGCCUCAGCUAGUCACAACGUCUCAUGAGAAAAUGUGGGGUAUUUUGUUGAUCUUGCUGUUUUUGACCAUUUUAACCUUGUGAAGAGGUGUUGUGGGGAGUGUCGAGGGAAAUAAAUGGGUUCCCUCUAUUUAAUUUAGCAUCCAGAGAAAAUCACUUGCUUCCUUGCAGGCUUUCCGAAAGAGCAAACUGUAAAGCGUACGGGUUCUUUUUGAUAGUUUGCAGGGGAGGGAGGAAGAGAGAUGCAAUGUGAAGGGUUUACUAAAACUGAUGUUAGCAAAAAAAAAGUAGUAGUAGAAUUAUAUAUGAAUUGAGUAAGUUAAUGGAUUAUCUUUGAGCAUGCUGGUAUGCUACCACCUGUGUAUUUGCUUCCUCUUUAAACUGUCCUUUGAUUUUCUCCCAAGAUUUUGUCUGCUGUCUGUCUAAACUUGAUAAAAGUAUUGCAGUGGCAUGUUUCAUCUGCUGAUCAAAAAACCAAUUUACACGUGGAGGUUCUCCCAUUUCAGACAGUUUUAAGUUAGUUUCAGACCUCUUCAGAAUAUGAUGUAGGUUGCAUAUUUUGCAUUCAAA